GAGUAGUUAGCCUUUACCGGAAGUACUGCUAUAUCCACAAACCGAAAACUUGUGUCAUAAAAUCUUACAACUAUUUUUACUGUUACACGUACAAUUCCAUCGAGCAUCAUAUUUUUUUCUUGUUUUGUAGAUUUCUAGAUCUAGUAAAUAUAUACAAUUAAAAAGUCAUGUCUCAGGUACGACAAAUAACAAAUGACACUGACUUCUCCACAGAGCUGAAUAAUGCAGGGAUUAAGCUUGUUGUUGCAGAUUACUUUGCUACAUGGUGUGGUCCCUGUCGUGCUAUUGCUCCAGCUUUUGCAGAGAUGAGCACAAAAUAUCCCAAGGCCGUAUUUCUCAAGAUAGAUGUUGAUCAAUGUCAGGAUACAGCUCAAAGAGAAGGUGUGUCUGCCAUGCCCACAUUUAUAUUUUACCGCAACAAGGUGAAGGUGGACAUGAUGCGGGGAGCAGACGCUACUCUCCUUGAAGAGAAAAUAAAAAAGUGGUACACAGAAGAUGAAGGAGAAGAAGGUGACAGCCCGGUCAAAGGUCAUUUGGAUUUAUCAUCAUUUAUAAGUAAAGCUGCUAGUGAGUGUUUGAAUGAAUCAGAUGAACACAAACUUGAACACUGUCUGUCUAACAAGAAAGGUUACCUUGAAUCUGACUGUGAUGAGCAGCUGAUCAUCAAUGUUGGGUUCAACCAAGCUGUAAAGUUACAUUCGUUAAAACUUCAUUGUCUGGAUGAAAAUGGUCCGAAAAAUGUGAAGCUUUUCAUCAAUCAGCCAACUACCUUAGAUUUUGACUCUGCAGAUUCCAUGGAGUCUAUACAGAUGCUGGAGUUGAAGCCAGAAGACUUGAAAGAAGGAGCAAUCAUUCCUCUCAAAUAUGUCAAGUUACAGAAUGUCUUGAGCUUAACAUUAUUUGUAAAAGACAAUCAAAAUGGUGCUGACACAACUCGCAUUGAUUAUCUAGGUUUCAUAGGAUCUCCAACCAACACCACCAACAUGGCAGAGUUCAAAAGGGUGGCUGGCAAGAAAGGAGAAAGUCACUGAAUCCAAGAUGAACAAUUCUUUUGUAAUUUAUUUCUUGAUACAUUUACAAUUAAAUUUUAUCUUUCCUUGAAACAAAAACUUUCCAGUUGACACUCUGAAACAUGGAUGUGAACACACAAGUAGCCAGGAUGUUGAAAGCAGUUUGUCUUCUUGAUGGAGACUCAAUACAAAAUACAUUGAAACAGAAAGUCAUAAGUUUGAGUACAGUAAUCAAUGACUUUGUUUUUGGAGGGAAAAAAAAGGGGGGGGUUGAUUUAAAAGCACAACAACCUUGCCAUCAAAGAAACUUCGGUUUUGAUAAUUACUUGAGCUGGUCUGUUGACAGAUUUACAUGUCCAUUCCAGGGCACAUCGCUUUCUGUUUGAUUUUAAAUGAUUUUGUCAUGGAAUAAAAUGCAGACAAAUUUAA